AACUGAACUGCGCGUGGAGUGAGUUGUCCGACGUGGUGAGGGAGGUACAUUAAAACCAGUACUAUUCACCAAACCCGCCUCGUUAAAGCCACGCUCCACCGAAGUCUGCGAGCCUCUCGCCAUCAUCUCAUUUCAUCCCAUCCUGCAAAGGCCUCCUAUCUCCCCUGCUCGCCGUCUCCGUCUCCCUUUUACCUUCUUUCUCUCUUUCUUUCUUUCUCUUCUUCUCCCUCCCUUUUCCCUUCUUCCUCUCCCGUCUGUUUCUCCCGGUCUUUUUCUUGCACCACCCUUCGUGUCUCCUGCUGAGGCACCUGGUUCUCUUCCCUCCCCUCCCCCAUCCUUGUUCGACCUCUCAAGCCUCUACGACUCCCCUCCCCCUUUCCUGCUAAUAGACUGCGAGAGCGUCAGAGAGUGUCAGAGAUGGCAGCCGUUUCAGCCCCUACUCCCAAGCUGGAUCGCUACAUAGUCAUCCACGUCGCAACUACCUGCGACGAACAUGGUGUCUAUGUGACCAAGGACUCUGCGGAGGUGAUUGAACUGGGAUGGAUUCUGUUGGAUACCAAGACCUGCGAGGAGCUCCACCGCGAGAGCGUCCUCGUUAAACCGGUCAACACCCCCAUCACGCCUCUCUGCACGAGCUUGACUACUCUCACCUGGGAACAUGUGCGCUCUGCAGGCACUUUCCGCGAUGCCAUCAACCGCUUCGACGCCUUCGCUCAGGAACACCUCAUCGGCCAAAACUUGGAGUUUGCCUUUGUGACGUUGGACUCGUGGGAUCUCCGUGUGCAGCUUCCUCGGGAGGCUCGAGACAAGGCCGUCGUCCUCCCUCCCUACCUGCAACACUCGCGCACCUUUGAUCUUCGUACCGAGUACCAGCGUUGGCAGACUCACCAUCCCGAGUCGCUUCCAUUCGGUCCCAGCUCCCUCUCCAACAUCUGUGCCGCUCUGGAAGUCGAACCCGUUCAAUCCUCGGCCCCCAUUAAGCACAACCUUCCCUUCCACCUGCAGGCCUUGGCGCCCGCUUCGCCUCGACGGGCCAUGGAGGAAGCUAUUACCCUCGCGCGUGUGCUCCGCGGUUUGAUCCGCAAGUCCCAGCCUCCUCACGAGCAUCCGGAAAUCCUGACGCGGCCCAUGGAUGCCAGAGCGGACGUUCGUGCUUUCCUGGCUGAGCGUAGCAAGGUGCUCCAUCUCAGUGGCCUUCCCCAUGAUACUACACAGUCGGAGUUGGAAAGCUGGUUUACCCAGUUUGGCGGGCGUCCCAUUGCUUUCUGGACGCUCCGUACUCCCGAUCAGCACAAGCCCACCGGCACUGGGUUUGCUGUUUUCUCGUCCCACGAGGAGGCCGCUGAGAGUCUAUGCAUGAACGGUCGCGCUCUCAAUGAGAAGGCUAUCGAGGUUUCUCCUUCUUCAAGCCGUGUUCUGGAUCGUGCAGCUGAGAUCCUUACUCCCUUCCCACCGUCGAAGAACCGGCCCAGACCCGGCGACUGGACCUGCCCGUCUUGCGGCUUCUCCAACUUCCAACGCCGUACCGCUUGUUUCCGUUGUUCGUUCCCUGCCAUGGCUGCCGCUCCAGACCCGAUGGGAUACCCUUACGGCUAUGCUCCGCCAUCAAUGCUUCCCCCUCACAUCGGCCACGGUGCUCACGGCAUGGGCCACUCCCGUGUAAUGGGAGGCGGCGGUGGGCCUGUGCCCUUCCGCGCCGGCGACUGGAAGUGUGGCUCUGAGGGAUGUGGCUAUCACAACUUUGCCAAGAAUAUCAACUGCCUGCGCUGCGGUGCCCCCCGUUCGGGAGCGGCUAUUAUCGCUGAAUCCGGCUUCCCCUCCCCCAUGGAUCCACCAUCGGGAUUUGGCAUGGGUCCCAGCUCUAUCGCAAGCACGCCUGCUCCGGCCCCUUUCGCCUCCACUGCGGGUGCUUUCGGGGGCUUCAACCAACAAUUUGCGGCUCCACCUAACAGUUAUGCUCUGCCCUCUGGGCUGGGAACUACUCCCGGGGCAUAUCCCCCGAUGGGCCAGAUGAAUGCCGGUUAUGCCUCUACGAACAGCUCUCAGUCGGCCGCUGCAUUUGCUAACCCAGCCACCCAAGCUGCGUUCAGCGCUGCUGAUCAUGCUACACCAUCCACUAGCGUCUCCAACGGGACUUUCUACGGUCAUGAUGGUUCCGCUGAUCCCUUUGCCUUCCUCUCGACAGGACUCGGUGGUUUGACGGUGGCAGACGACCACUCACGUCGCAAUGGCGCUGGCGCCAAGUCCCAAGCCUAAUUCAAAAAUCUGAAAGAAACAGAAAACAGAGAGCAAGGAACGGAACUAGAGAAGGGACCAGAGGUUUAUCUGGUUGUCAAUAUUGAAGUUUGUUUUGUUGUUGGAUAACGCAAUUUUUUGGUACUCGUCGCCGCACGGUUGUAUACGGGAAUCCUGCAGUUCUGGUGCAUCCGGUUGGGAAGGAGCAGGCUGGUAGUACGUCGUUGGUUCAUAUGGGAUUUCGCCUAGUCUCUCGGUUAUUUCGUUGAGACAUCCUUCGGUUGUUUUGGUUUUACGAUCCCGUCUUUGGGAAUGAUUCUUUAAGAGAGGAUUCAGCAAAAGCUCCAGGACGGCAAAAAAGCAAGGUGGCACGGGGGCGCUUUCAACGUCGAUUCUCCGAUGUUUAUUUUUUUUUUGUUCGCUUCGUUUUCGUGCGCAUUAUACAUUGAUUUCUUUUGGUUUUGUUUUUUUCUUCAGCGGGAAGGCACGUCUUAGACCGAGGAUUUCCUCUUUUUCUUUUGAGACUCGGGACGCAGAUUGGAUGGAAGGUCAACAGCAUUUUUUUGGCAUCGCAUUUCUAGAUGUUUCGUUCCCGUGUCCAUUUCAGCGCUCUCAACGAAUGGGGAUCUUUGGAGAAUCAUGGCAUGAUCACGAUGGGAUACAAAUGGAACGGACUCUGUUGGGGGUGUUGGGGAUCACUUUUUCUUUUCUUCUUUUUUCUUUUAUCUUUUAUCUCUUCGUUUGAUCCAGCAAAAUUUCGACAUGCAGCGAGGCGACUUAUCGGGAAUUGGAUCGAGAUGUGAUGGAUUGGGAGCUGUCGGUGGAAGAGAUUAAAAUGUCUAUACACUGUUUCCAACUUGGUCCUCUCGCGUAGAAAAGGGGACCAGAUUAGGUUGAUGUUAUUAAUUGCAAAUCGUACAAAUUGAAUCAUUC